AUUUAAGAAUCGUCUUGGAAGUUCCGUAUUUUACUGCCCGUGUCCCAUCUGUCUCUGUCUCUGUCUGUCGGGACAGUUUAUACCGAGGAUAUAAACGUUUCAACCUGCCUCGGUGCUUCGGGUUAAAUAACGUAACGUUAUAAUCUCAUUUUUCGUGGUUUGUGUGUACAUCUGACGGACACACACACACACACACACACACACACCCUCUGAGUUUGAACUGGGAGAAUCGAGCUGCUGAAAAAUGGCUUAUCCGGGAUACGGCGCGGGCCCCGGGGGAGUCCCAGGAGCGCAGGAUCCUCUGUAUGGAUAUUUUUCAGCUGUGGCAGGACAGGAUGGACAGAUCUCAGCAGACGAGCUGCAGCGCUGCCUCACACAGUCCGGCAUCUCUGGCUCAUACCAGCCCUUCAGCCUGGACACCUGCAAACUGAUGAUCAACAUGCUGGAUAGGGACAUGUCCUGCUCUAUGGGCUUCAAUGAGUUCAAGGAGCUGUGGCAGGCUCUGAAUGCAUGGAAGAAUACCUUUGCGUCCUUCGACCGGGACCGCAGUGGAACGGUGGAGGGCCAUGAGCUGCAGCAGGCCAUUGCCACCAUGGGUUACAAUCUGAGCCCUCAGGCCAUGAACUGCAUCAUGAAGCGCUACAGCGUAAACGGCAGGAUCCCCUUCGAUGAGUUCGUGAGCUGCUGCGUGAGACUCCGCGCCCUGACUGACCAGUUCCGAAGGAGAGACACGAGCCACGCUGGCAACGCCUCAUUUCACUAUGAUGAUUUCAUCCAGGUCACUAUGAGCAUAUGAGGAGGACAAGACUGAACAGAAGGGACAUACAUGACUUUUUAAAGUAUCCUCAUAUUAGCAUGUGAUUUCUAUAUGUAUUUUUACACUCCAUGUUUUUUUCUGUUUAACAGGAUUAUAAUGUCACUGUCACAUUCCAUUUUACUAUGAACCAUAAACAAGUGAUGCAUAUUGUAACUAAUAGGAAUAUAGCAACCUCAGGCUGUACCUACAGCAGUAACCACUAGAGGGCCUGUGUACUUUUAUUAUCACUCUUAACAUUUAUAGCCUUUUACCUCAAGAGUAACCAUGUUAGCCCAACAUAUGUGUGUGUGAACAUGUAUGAAAUGAAUAAACAUGGCCACCUCACACAGUGA